AUGGGCUAUCUUCUCUCCUGCAAUGUCGAAUCCGCCGUUUCCAUCUGCGAUCCUCACAACUGGAAUAAUCCUCGACGCAGCCGAUCAAAACCUUCUCCUAAGCUCCGGAUUUUCACUUACGACGAACUCGCCGCCGCUACAAACGGCUUCUCCGCCGGUAAUUUCCUCGGUAAAGGAAGCCACGGCAGAGUUUACAAAGCGGUUCUCGACGGCGGAAAGCUUCUCGCUGCCGUCAAACGAACCACAAUCGCCACCGGCGGUAGUGAUCAUCAUAACAAAUGCAGCAGCGUAAAUCAAGUCGACAACGAGAUUGAGAUUCUCUCUCGCUUUCGUCACCGUUGGAUGGUCAACAUAAUCGGUUACUGCGUUGACCACCGGAGGAAGACGAAGCUGCUCGUCGUCGAGUACAUGCCUAACGGCACGCUUCACGACCACUUGCACUCGUUAGAUCAUCAUCCCAGUUGGAACCGAAGGAUCAAAAACGCGCUUCAGAUCGCGAUCGCCGUCCACGCGCUUCACUCCGCCGAGACGCCGGUUAUCCACCGCGACAUCAAGUCGUCGAACAUCCUCAUCGACGGCGACGGGAACGCGAGGCUGGCGGAUUUCGGAUUGGCGUUGAUCGGAAACGCGGGGGACGAGCAUCUGAAAUCCACGCCGCCGGCGGGAACGCUCGGAUACCUAGACCCGUCGUACUUGGCGCCGGCGGAUCUAACCGCUAAAAGCGACGUGUUCAGCUUCGGGAUACUGUUGCUGGAGAUUAUCAGCGGUAGAGACGCCAUUGAUUUGAAUUUUAGUCCGCCGUGUAUCGUCGAUUGGGCGGUGCCUCUGAUCAGACGUGGCGAAUUCGCCGCGAUUUGCGAUUCUCGAAUCAGGAACCGUCCUCAGUCCGCGGUGAUCCGGAGAUUAGCCGUUAUGGCGGCGAGGUGCGUGAGAUCGACGGUGGAGAAACGUCCGGAUAUGUCGGAGGUUGUGGAGUGUUUGAAUUCGGUGAGGAAGAUAUCUAAGGCUUCUCCGGUGUGGAAUCGGCUGCGGAGGAGGAGCGAAGAGAGAUCGGAAAACGUUUUGGUGGUUGAAGAGAAGGAAGAGAUCCAUGUGAGGAUCGUGAGAGGAGGUAGUAAGAAGCAGAGCAAGGUGUCUAGCGUGAAUGAUGUAUACGAGAGAAUAGUCAUGGAGCCGCCGGUUUUUUCUCCACCGCUUCGUCGCCGGAAUUUUGUGAUGAGAUCAAGAUCAGUGGGAGCGAUGGGGAAAUCGAAAGUUGGACCGGAUCCAAACGACGACGUUGGAGGAGAAAGUAAGGUGUUUACGACGAUCAGAAUUCUUGUCGAGAGAGAAAUACCGGUGAAGACGACGGCGGCGGCAAUGAGGCUGAGCAAGUCGAAGUCGGUGGGGAUUGUACGUAGUCAUAAAACGGCGUCGCGGAAGAGAGAUUGA